GGCAGAGAGGGAGACAGAGGAUCCAAAGUGGGCUCGGUGCUGAUAGGCUGACAGCACUGAGCCCAGUAUGGGACUCGGAUGCUAAACCAACUAAGCCACCCGGGCACCUACCCCCCUCCAUUUUUUUACGUCCAUUUGAUUUUAACUUCAGUUUCAUAUCUGAAUUAAGACUUCGCCCUUCACCUCAGAUGAGCUAAGUGGCAUUGUUGUCCAGCCAAAUGAUAGCUGUUUAUGUCACUUGGUUGCUUUGCCUUACCCCUACCCUCUUCCAUUUCCCACCUUUCAAUCCCACGGCCCUUAAGUCUCCACUUCUCCCUAUUUCCUGCUUAAAUAUACACAGGGGGCUGGUUAGUAAGGAUACUUCAUAAAUGCAUGCCUAGCUAGGUAGACAAUGAGAUGUUGGUCUUUUCCAUUCAUGCAGGUACCUCCUAUCUUUAUGGGUGAUUUUCCUGAUCCCUAUCUGUAGCCUUGAAAUUUGAGGAGAGCCACCCCUCUCUUCUCACAUGCACUUCUCUAAAAUAUAUGUUACUUUAUUGCUCCUUGGUCCACCACUGCUUUGGACACAGUUCAGGGACAAAAAAGAAAUGUCCUACUCGCUAUGAUACUAGUUUUCACACAUGAAAAAAUUAGGCUGCCUAAUAUUCAUUCUUUGUAAGUACUGCUCCUUAGAGCAAAAUCUUACUGCUUUAAAUCUCCCCCCCUUUUUUUUAAUGAAAUGGUCACAGUAGAUGAUAGUUGGUUUAUUUUUGUUUCUGAUGGAAAAAAAAAAAUGAAAACUGCUAGUUUCUUAUAGCUCACAAUACUGACUUGGUAAGUCCAAAUGUUCUUUAGACAUCAUUUUCCUCUUUGGUUUUGAUUUUGCUUAAGAUCUGAAUGAGGUACAUCCACUAUUACCUUAAUGGUGAUUUUAAAAGGAGAGAAACAACAAUUGUGGCAGGGAUUACAGCUUUAUCUAAAACACUGACCGUCACUGAGCUUCCCAGGUGUCUGGCUUGUCUAGCUUCCAGCCUCAGCAGUGGAAACAUUUGUGACCUUGUUCAGGGCUGGCUAGUAUGGGGAGCGGAGCAGAGGGAGGGAGACAGGCCUUUGUGUGGGUGGGGAAGGCAGUGGCGAAGCACCCUUCCUUCACAAAGCUAGUAAGGGAGCUGCUGUUGCCUGAAGAACCCGAACCUGAGGGGAGAGAGGUUCCAUCUAGCAUUACACAGCAUUCUUCAUAACUACCUGCAGUGAUUGGCAGGGAAUCAAAACAGGUUGUAGUUCCUUAGCCAGUGAAACAGUAUUUUACAAUGUUAUAAACACAGAAAAGGGGUUGUUGAAUGAUGCCGACAGCUGUUUAUGAAAUGUAUAGCUAAACAAAUGCAUAAAUGAAUUAAAAGAAUGAGUGAAUUUUACGGGUGAGAGACGAAAGGUGGGAUGGGGGAGGGAGAAGUGGAAGGGUGUUGUUGCAAUGAUGAGAAAAGAGAAAAGACUUGGACCUCUAUGCCUAGGUUUGUAAAUUUAAUACAGUUGAGACUAAUUUGAGUAUGUGUGGAGUUUGGGUGUUUAAGAAGCACUAGUAUUUUGGAAUUUACUACAGCUUUUAUUAUAGAGACAUUUGGCGUUGCUUAAAGUCUGUAAACUGAUCGUGCAAUGCCUGCAAGAAAUGUGGAUGAGGAUGUAAUAAAGUAUUCCUCGCACAGCUGCCACUAGGGGGCGACAUAAAGCCCAGUGUCACUUCUUGGCAUAUUGCGGGUAUCUUUCUGCCUUCUUUGCCCUGUUUCUUGUAGCACUGUAUCAUCACAGCUACCAUUUCCCAGACUUCAUGCUUCUCUGGCAUGUGCUGAGAUACUUUUCCUAGAAUAUGCUAAAACCAGACAUGAGAAUAAUGACACGAUUCAACUUGUACUUUUGAUACUGUUGAGAACUCAAUCAGAGAGGGGGCGUCUGAGUGGCUCACUUGGUUAAGCACCGACUUCGGCUCAGGUCAUGAUCUUGUGGUUUGUGAGUUCAAGCCCCAUGUCGGGCUCUGUGCUGACCCCCAGAGCCUGGAGCCUGUUUCAGAUUCUGUGUCUCCCAGCCUCUCUGUCCCUCCCCUGCUUGCUCUCUGUCUCUCUCUCUCUCUCAAAACUGAAUAAACAUUAAAAAAUACUUAUAAAAGAAAAAGAACUCAGGGAUAAAUGCACUGCUAAAAACAGGUGCCAGAAGUUAAAGUCUUAAGUCCUUAUGAAAAAUAAUCAUUUAUUUAUAAUUUGAAUUUUAUUUAUACAUUCAUUGAGCAUUUAUUGGGUGCUCUGAGUGCUUGGACCUAUCAGACCCUAGGGAUACUAUGGAGAAAAGAGGUAAAGUCUCUUCUCUUUUCACUUUUUAAUGGGAUUUCACUUUUUAAUGGGAAGAUGAGAAAUCUACAAGAAAAUUAAUAUAGGUAAGACAAUUUCAGAUAGUGAAAGAUAAUAUUUGAGAAAUAUUCCAGAAUGGCCAUAGUCCAUUGAAUAUUCCAUGGAACUCUGAAUUUCUAGAUGUUUAAAACUGUUUUUUUCUCUUUGGUUAUCUUUUUAAAAUCAGAGCACUGUCUUCAAGAAACAACAACAAAAAAGAACUAUCCUAUGAUUCAGCAAUUGCACUAUUAAGUAUUUACCCAAAAGAUAACAAAAAUACAGAUUUGAAGGGAUACAUGCACCCCAGUGUUUAUAACAGCAUUAUCAACAAUAGUCAAUUUAUGGAGAGAACGCCAAGGUCUAUCAAAGAAGAUGUGAUACACACACACACACACACACACACACACACACACAAUGGAAUAUUACUUAGCCAUUAAAAAGAAUGAGAACUUGCCAUUUGCCAUGAUAUGGAUGGAGCUAUAAUGUAUUAUGCUAAGUGAAAUAAUCCAAUUAGAGAAAGACAAAUAGCAUGUGAUUUCAGUCACAUGUGGAAUUUAAGAAACAAAACAUGAACAUAUUAGAAUUGGGGGGCGGGGGGGAGAAGAGAGGGAAACAAACCACAAGAGACUCUUAAUGAUAGAGAACAAGCUAUGGGUUGAAGGAGGAAGGACGGAGGGAGAUGGGCUAGGUGGGUGAUGGGGACUAAGCACUUGUGAUGAGCACUGGGUGUUGUAAGUGAUGAAUCACUGAAUUCUACUCCUGAAACCAGUAUUGCACUGUAUAUUAACUAAAAUUUAAAUAAAAAAGAAUGAAAUUUUUAAAAUUUUAAAAUGCUAAAAAAAUAAACUUAGAGCUCUAGUCCCAUCAUAUAGGGAAAAUACUAGGAGAAUGAAAUUGAACACUUGUGGCAAAAAAAAAAAAAUAGUCAAGGAAACAAUAAACAGGUUACUGAGAGCAAGUUUACCUUAUUUAGAGCUUAAUGUAUUUUGUGGUAAUUUUUCAUCUGUAAAAUUUUAUGAGGACUAUGGAAAUUUUCUUAUAUUUUUUAAAUUAAAAAAGUGUUUUUAUUCUUUAUUUUUGAGAGAGAAAGAGAGAGCACGAGCAGAGGAGAGGCAGAGAGAGAGACACACAGAAUCAGAAGCAGGCUCCAGGCUCUGAGCUGUCAGUACAGAACCUGUACAGGUUUUGAACCCACAAACACAAGAUCAUGACCUGAGCUGAAGUCAGAUGCUUAACCAACUAAACCACCCAGGAGCCCCAAUUUUCUUAUGGUUAAUCCAUACCCUGACCUUUUUCUGAAUUUUGGGGAGUAAUUUCUUUUAGGGGGAGUUUUCUCAGCUAGCAAGUUAAUAGUCUUCCUUAUGAUUAUUUUUUUUUUAAGAGAGACAGGGAGAGAGAGAAUCCCAAGCAGGCUCAGUGCUGUCAGCGCAGAGACUGACAUGGCGCUUGAACGUACAGACCAUGACACCACAACCUGAGCAGAAAUCAGGAGUCGGAUACUUAACUGACUGAGCCCCCCAGGUGCUCCCAUCCAUAUAAUGUAUUCUUGUGCUUCAAGAUUUUGUGGAAAAUGUGCAUAUGGCAGUGAUAUUUUUAGUCUUUUCCAUGUCAGACAAUCCUGAGUCUUCUUUCAAGACCUAGUUUCAAUGUCAUCUGUUUUGUGUAAAUGCAUCUCUGGCACUUCCUAUAACCAGCCAGAUCAUGACAUCCAUCUUUGAUCAUUCAUUCAUUCAGAAAAUAUUUUUGAUUGGCUAUUACUUAUGAGGCACAGUUCGGGGCCCUGAAGAUUUAGCAGUCAAUGAAAGGAGGUCCUCUUAAAGUUUUCUUUCUCAUGAGGAGAGGUGCCAAAUGAACACAUAAACUGAUGAGUGACAGGUGGUGAUAAGGUUAAUGAAUAACGGUGGUAAAAAUUAAUGAGCAGAUGAGAACUGGUAGAUGGCAGUGGGACAGAGGGCUUAUACUCUUACCAGUUGAUCCAGGAAGGUCAGAGAGGUGGUACGGCUAAAAUAAGUGAGGAGAGUAAAAGCAGGCAGCAUAGCUAAAGCGGAAUUGCUUGGAGAACUUUAGGAGGUAAGGUCAGAAGGGCGGGUUAGGUAGGGACUGAAAGGGCUUAGGCUUUAAAGCCACUGGAAGUUUGUGAGCAGAGGACCCACCUGGCAGAGUUGGGUUUAUAAAGGCUCCUCUGGCCCCUUUGUUCAGAAUAGACUUAAGCAAGACAGUGGUUGGAUCAGGUCCCUUAAAUUGGGGGCUGUGAGAAUAAUCCAGGAACAAGAGGCCUAGGCCUACAUGAUGGCCAUGGGGAGAGUGACAAUUAGUAGAGUGUAUUGUUGAUAUGCUUACUUAUGCACUGGAAGUGAGGUACAUGAGAAACUGAGGAAUUGAAGGUGACUUGUGGUUUUUGCCUUGAGCAUCUGGAAGGAUGGGGUAGCUGUUAAUUGAGAAACACUGUGGGAGAAGCAGGUUAUGCUUUUGGGCAAGGAAGUUAGGAGUUUACUUUGUACCUGGUGUGAGAUGCCCACAGAUGUACAGGUGGAGAAAUUGUGGACAGUUGGAUGGGCAAAUUUUUGGUUCAGGAGACAGGGUGUAUUUAGAAAUGUGAAUUUGGGAAUCAUUGGUGUAUAGAUGGUAUUUGAGAACAUGACCUUUUAUACAUGUGUCGAUUAUAGCACUUCAUUGUAUCAUUGUUGAUAUAUCUGUCUGUCUGGGUUAAGAUCGUUCAGUACAGAGACUGAAUUUUACUUGACAUUUUAAUAUUUUGUUCAUGGCAGCCUGGCCGUGGUAUGAAGCUGGAGAUUCUCAUUGGGGGUGUGAGCAACUGGGUUUACUUACAGCCUUAUCCAGGGAAAGACAUUUUUACUAAAACUAAAAAAGCUACUGAAGUGGGAAAUCAGGUUGUUAAAUGUACAGUUUAUGGUCAAAGCUUAAAGAUUUUAUCAUCUCGAAGUAUCUUGCUCUCAAUUGCAGUUACCCUUGUGCCUCUAAGAAAUACGUUCCUUUGGGUAGCCCAACUCAGUACAGUCAUAACAUAGGUGUAAGUGGCAGCUUUAAUCCAGACUGAUGCCCUGGAGAAAUAAACCUCCUGUAAACUUAGACCUAUAACCUGUUGGCUAAUACCAUAGAUAAGCCUGAGAUUUAUGCUCUUUGAAAUUGGUUGGCUUGGUGAUUAUGACCUGACCUGGUGUCGCCCCUUCUUUUUUUUUUUUCUUUUUUUUGUCUGCUGUGAAUUAAAUAAAGAAAUUGAGAGUAUUUAGAAACUUUGGGGUACCUGGGUGACUCAGUUAGUUAAGCGUCUGACUUCAGCUCAGGUCAUGAUCUCACAGUCUGUGAGUUUGAGUCCUGCAUUGGGCUCUGUGUUCCGAUCUCUGUGUGUUGUGUUGUGGCUCAGGUUGCAAUCUCACGGUUUGUGAGUUUGAGCCCCGCGUCGGGCUCUGUGCUGACAGCUCAAAGCCUGGAGUCUGCUUCGGGUUCUGUGUCGCCCUCUCUCUCUGCCCCUCUCCCACUUGCUGUCACGCUUGCUCGCUCUCUCUCAAUAGAAAUAAAGCAUUAAAAAAAUAAAAACUCGUAUAGCAGUGGACAGUAAUUUUAUGUCUAUUGAAUCUCAUUCAACAGUGCUUGUAUUUUUUUCAUUUUAUUUUUCUAGUAAUUCAUUUUAUUGUAUUUAACAAAAUAUCAGUCUGCAACAAACUGAAAUUUUUUAAAAAAAUCGGUCCAUCACACAUAGUUUGAGGAACAGCAUACAUCUUCAUUAUAUCAGAAGGCAUUUCACUAAUUGAGGACUCAGCUAAAUCAGUAAUUCUCACAGGAGGCGGAGUGGAUCAAAAUGUAGCCAGCAGGCAUGAUUAGUAUUUCCAGAAAAUGUGUGUACUUUGAAAAAAAUUCGCUCCAUUUUUCAUGUCAUGACUUAUUGACGGGAAUAUGAUAUGGCAGCAUGAAAAGAGGUAAAGAACCACUUACUAUACCACGACAAGGAACAUAAAAGAAUUCGGGAUUUCUUUCAUAUUUUGUUGAUCUCAAGUCUGACAUUUUGGUGGGUAGAUUAUGAGAUAAACAACCACUGCCUGGUUUUGUAAAUAUUUCCUUUUAGCAUCCAAACUUUAGGUGUGUCUUCAUAUGUCAGUAUGUUGUUUUAUGGUUUUCUAGAAGCAAUCUUAUCUGCAACCUAUCUAUGCACCAAAUACUUAACCUUGUUUCUUAGCUUCUGGAACAUUUUUACUCCUUUCAUUUAUCUUUUUUGACACUUCAGAAGGAAGUUAUCAGGAGACACACUGUGCAUUAAUAAUCAUUUUGAUCUGUUCCUUAAUAUUCUUCUUAACCAGUAUUACCUUCCAUGAAUAAUUUUAUUUCAUUUUUAUUAAAUAAGUGAUGGUAAUAUGCCUCAGAGGAUGCAAUUAAUGGCUAACAUGGUGAUUUCAGAAAAAGAAAAUGAAUGGAUAUGAGGAAUGGAAGUAAAGGGAAGCCCUAGGAAUUGUAUCAAACCAUAUGACACUUAGAAACAGCAGGAUGAGUAAAGCACAGUAGAGCCCUGGGAAGACCACAGUUGGAGUGGCUUCUUCUAGGUUGUAAGUUUUGAGAUGGUCUCCCCUUGCUGUUUAUUAUCUUGGAACUUCCUAGAUUAUCAACAUUAACUACAUAUUGUUAUUACUAUUAUUAUAGAAAUUUGUUUACGUAUAGCCCUACCCUAAACAUGUAAGUAUGGUCAGAUAAGCAAGUUGGUGCAUUUGGUAUUCUGGUUUUGAUGUUCUUGGUUUUGAAGAGCUUAAAAAUUCCUGUCAAACUCUUUCUUCUCGGUGAUUUCCCCAGUGACUGGCUAUAGAUUCCUUCUUUGGUCUUUGUAAAGCUAUAUGGCAGCAAAUCUCUGCCAGUUAAUGAGCAUGUGAAAAGCUGUUUAUCUAAGGGCUGUUUGUUUUGUUACUUACAAAGCCGUAAAGAUGUCAAGAAAAAUCUCUCAAUCCCUGUAGAAUACUUUCAAUUUUAGCGAACAAGGGCAUUAGCCACUUAAAAAAUUAAGUGAGAGAAACUAUUGGCUGGCUACCUUUUUAUGAAACAUUACCAAAAAAGUGUUUUGACUAAAAAACAAUCACUCUAAAAAAUAGUGAAUGGAAUAUAUUCACUGGAUGUUAAUAAUCCAGAAUUUUUGCAUUAAGCCUUCAUAAUUACUGGUACUAAUGAUUUUCUAAUAAUUUACUGUGUAUACAGUGUAGCAUAAUGUAUACUAGCUUCAGUACCAGAAAUUUACAUUUAAAAUGGGCAGAAACAAAAGGUAAAUCAAAAAAACUACUUUUGUAUCCUUUUUUUUCCCAUUAAGCCCUGUGUUUAUAAAAAGGUUACAUUUAUUAUUGCUCUGUUAUCCUGUUUUGUAAACAUCUUAUUAAACAGAAAGUGUGACUGUAAAAGUAAAAGCUUCUUAACCAACCAAGAAGAAUUUGCCCAUUCUCUCAUUUGGGGCAGGGGCACUGUAGUUUAGAGAUGCUGCUAUUUAUUGCUCAGAGUACUUCUAAUUUUAUUCGAAUUGCCUCAAGAGCCAGUUCUUGAGUCACAAAGCAGUAUGUUCCAUUCACUCACUCAACAAAAAUUUAUUGAAUGCUUACUUACGUCAGUUCUCUCUAGAUGCCAGAUACAUGGUGGGGACAAAACUGUUAAAAACUCAGCCUUGUUACUUUAUAACCACUCUUAAUGAGAAUUAGAAAAGGCCUGUUUUUAGAGAAGCCUGGUCCACUGUUUUUUCUUGUAGAGAAAGUGGAGACUGAGACAAAAUAAUCUCUGUAAUCAUGAAUGAAGUUCUCUUUGGCUCAGUUGCUUGUUCCAUGUCUGAAUGAAAGUAGAGAAAUAGUUUGAUAGGUAGAAAGAUUAGGGACUGUUUUGGACUUUGAAUUCAGGUAAGCACUGACCUUAGCAUGUCCUUAGCUGUUUGAUCUUUGGAAACUUACUUGGCCUCUCUGAGCCUUUGUUUUCUAAUCUGCCAGAUGAGAUUAAUACUAUCAAUUUCUUUGGUGGCAGUGCAGAUUAAUUUACAUACAGCUUGAAUCUAGUAGGUGUCACAUAUUAUUAGCUCAUGCCCACCUUGCUCUCUCCAGUCCCUUCAAACCCCACUUGACCGCAAAUGUCCAACCUAGUGAAAUCCGGUCAUGAUCUUAAAAUACACAUGUUGUUUUCAUACUUUCCUUUCUGUUUUUUUAAAAUUUAAUUUUGAGUGGGAAAACAUGUUAAUGUAUUACACGAGAUAGCAGUGGAAGAGUUAGGGUCAGAAAAAGACAACAUAUUUGAGGUUUUCGAGAAGGAUAUUUUAUUCUCCAUCUAACGAUAAGGCCAGAAAGCUUCAAGAGAUCUAAGUGUGUAGAAGGUGGGAGUUUGGGUUUGGUAGUUAGAAAGUAUUCAGUGAAAAAGUCUUACAUAAAAUAGUUCAUAAGGUAGGUCAGUUUGGUUUCUCACAUUCAAAUGAUACAUUUCCCAUCAAAAGUUAAAACAUUAUUAUAAGUAGAAACACCAGAAAUGACAUUUAUGAAUCCAGCAUUGUAACUUGGAAUGAAUCAUGGAACUAAUAAGUGUGUCCAAAUAUAGUCUUCUUCAACUAGACUAUGUCUUUCCUGUUCUCAGCUCUCAGUCAUUAAUUCACCCUUCGUGGCUCUUACCAUUGUCUGCCAUGGUAACUGCCAUCCAUAGCAUAAGCUUCUUGAGGGCAAGCACCAUGUCUCAUUUAUCUUUGGACCUGCCACUUUGUAUAGAGUUUUCUCUGGUGAUGACAAUAAAUUGCAUUUGAUGGUUACUAGAAGGAACUUACUUUAGUGCUGUCAUAAUAGGUGUCUAAGAUGAUUAUCUUAGGGAUUAUCUAAGGGAACAGCUAUCUUAAGGUCUUUUUUUUUUUUUUUUAGUGUUAUUAGAAUACAAGAAGCUGAAGUCCUGGGCAAGGCUCACACCCAGUGACAGCCAUGCCUUCUCUCUGGACCUGUGAUCUGCAGAAUGCUGAGUUAUCCCCCAACUCGCCGAGCUUUAAUUGUGGGUUGUGGUCUGCAAAUGUUCCAACAGCUCUCAGGCAUUAACACCAUCAUGUACUACAGUGCAACCAUUCUGCAGAUGUCUGGUGUUGAAGAUGAUAGACUUGCGAUAUGGCUGGCUUCAGUUACAGCCUUCACAAAUUUCAUUUUCACACUCGUGGGAGUCUGGCUUGUUGAGAAAGUGGGCCGCAGGAAGCUUACCUUUGGGAGCUUAGCAGGUACCACUGUGGCACUCAUUAUUCUUGCCUUGGGAUUUCUGCUAUCAGCCCAGGUUUCCCCACGCAUCACGUUUAAACCAGUAGCUCCAUCAGGACAGAACACUACUUGCACAAGAUACAGUUACUGUAAUGAAUGUAUGUUGGAUCCAGACUGUGGUUUUUGCUACAAGAUGAACAGAUCAACUGUCAUUGACUCUUCCUGUGUUCCAGUUAAUAAAGCAUCUACAAAUGAGGCAGCAUGGGGCAGGUGUGAGAAUGAAACAAAAUUCAAAACGGAAGAAGUAUUUUGGGCUUACAAUUUCUGCCCUACGCCAUACUCCUGGACUGCACUUCUGGGCCUUAUUUUAUAUCUUGUUUUCUUCGCACCUGGAAUGGGACCAAUGCCUUGGACGGUGAAUUCCGAAAUAUAUCCCCUUUGGGCAAGGAGUACAGGAAAUGCAUGUUCAUCUGGAAUAAAUUGGAUGUUCAACGUUUUGGUUUCACUGACAUUUUUACACACAGCAGAGUACCUCACAUAUUAUGGAGCCUUCUUCCUCUAUGCUGGAUUCGCUGCUGUGGGACUCCUUUUCAUCUAUGGCUGUCUUCCUGAGACCAAAGGGAAAAAAUUAGAGGAAAUUGAAUCACUCUUUGACAACAGGUUAUGUACAUGUGGCGCUUCAGAUUCUGAUGAAGGGAGAUAUAUUGAAUAUAUUCGGGUGAAGGGAAGUAACUAUCAUCUUUCUGACAACGAUGCUUCUGAUGUGGAGUAAUUUUCAGCUGCUGAAAUAUUUAGGUAUUUAAACAAACUUGGGGAACAAAAG